AUGGUUGCCGACUCAAACCCUUACGAGACACAUGCGACACGGAUACCUAAAGACGACCCUUAUAUCUCCCGAAGUCCGCAAUACGGCCGCUAUGCCCCUCGCGAUGACGAUUUCAAACCCCGCUAUGAUCGCUGGUAUCUGUCGGAACCGGAAGUGAAUUCUUACUGGGAGAAGGUUGUCAGAAACACUUGUGUUCAGGAAAACUCCUUGAACGACCCCAGGACUCAAGAUGCUUUCGCUAGUGGUAGCGUGGUCAUUCGGGUCGAUGAGGAAGGUGUGGACGAUUCAUCCGCGGAGAGAUACUCCUACGUCAACGCCAACGAGAUUUCGUCGGCAAGGAAAGCGGAGGAUGCGCUUAAGGAGAUCGGGAUUGCUGUGCCGGUGAUAUACUUCUGUGGGGUUGUUGAUGGGAAGAAUGUCACGGUCGAGUCGCGCGUACCCGGGGUUUCUUUGGAAGUUGCAUGGAGGUAUCUUGCGCGCGAGCAGAUCGAUAAGCUUAAACAGCAGUGCCGCCGUAUCAUACAACGACUGGCCGCCGUCGACAGCGCUUCAGAUGGACCGUCUUACGUCUGUAGCGGACUCAAUUCACAUCUCCCGCCUGAUGUCUCCGAACAAGAGAAGAAAAUAUUGUUCAAGGAAAAAGCAGAGCAGGAUACUUUAUAUUUGACUCACAAUGACCUAGUCAGAUCCAAUAUCAUCGUCAAAGACGAUCAGGUGGUGGGAGUUCUUGGCUGGCGACAAUGCGGUUUGUUUGGUCUCGACCGUGCCGCCAGAGUGCAUAAAGUUUUCAGGGUUCCGGAGAUCUCAUACCUUAGUGGGGAUGGGGAUGAUGCUGAUGGGGCAAUGGCAUGGGCCGAUCUUUAUGACGGUGUCUCAGAAACAUCAGUAAAGAGUGAGGCAACAGCGCCGCAAGAUGCUACAGAGCCGCAAGUAAAAACCGAGCCCGAUGCGAUGAACUUGGAGAAACUACCCGCUAGCGAAGACGCGGAUGCCAAGCCUGCUUUGGGUCAACUCGAUGGCGCAGAUCUACCGAACGAACAUCCCACGCCAAAGAAAAUCGCUAACCUCAAGCACGGCUUGACCUCCAGAGCAUCAUCAUCAGAACGAUCUUCCCCUGCAAACUCUACAAAAGGCGCAGCAACGGGAAGAAAAUCCACAGGUGGUGGCAAAAAGGGAACGGCCAAAAAGUCAACAGCCAAAAAGCGCAAGGUCAAUGACCAAGACACUGAAAGUGUCGACUCGCGACGUUCCAACACACCCUCAUCAACCCGUGCCAGCAAGACACCCGCUGUAAAGAAACAAGGCUCAGCGUCUGCAGCGGGAUCGCCAGCACCAGUACCGGUGCCCCAACGUAAACCGAAGAAGUCUAAAAAGGCUGCUAAAAACGGGGAUGGUGACGAUGAUGACGACGAUGACGGGGUCUUUUGCAUCUGUCGCAGAGGGGAUAAUCAUACUUGGAUGAUUGGUUGUGAUGGGGAAUGUGACGACUGGUUUCACGGGAAAUGUGUCAACAUUGAUCGGAGAGAUGCGGACUUGAUUGACAAGUAUAUCUGCCCGAAUUGUCAUGAGAAAGGCAAAGGCCGCACCUCUUGGAAGCCAAUGUGCCGUUUGCCAGAGUGUCGGAAGCCGGCACGUGUCAACCAGAAAGGACCAAGUAAAUACUGCUCAGACGAUCAUGGUCGGGAAUUCAUGCGUCUGAAAACACAGCAUUUCCUGGGCCCGGGAGCAGGAAUUGCAAAUGGAGAUCAGGACCCCAAGGCCCGAGAUGAUAUCGGCAGCAGAGGCGGCGUUCUCACUGCCAGUGAACUCAAAGCCGCUAUAACGGACGCUUCAUCUGCAAUAGAGUUCCGCAGACUAGGCGAACGCAUCGUCACACCACCACCAGAAGAAGAGGACGACAAGAAGAACCUCGAGACACAGGACCAACCAAAGAAGGAAAAGAAACUCGGCCUAGACGUCGACGCCAAGGGCCUCACAUACACCCCAGACGAAGCAGCCAAACUCGAGAAACUCCGCAAGCGCCGCGACGAGAUCCUCCACCGCCAGGAACUGCUGACAUCACGCGAUACCUUUAUAAACCUCGUCCGCCAACGAUCCAAGACUAUUGUGGAACGGUUAAAGCAGACAGAUCCCAAGGGUGGAUGGAAGGAUAUCUGUGGGUACGACUCGCGGGUAGCAUGGGCCGACGAGGAAUUCGAUGAAUGGAGACAGACGCCUGUUGGCGAGAAGGCGAUGAAGGAUGGUACACUCGAUCCUCCUACCGAUGCCGAUGGCGAUACUGCCAUGGACGAGGGUAACAACAAGGAAGGUAGCGACAACGAGGACGAUAAUGGUAUCGAAGCCUUAGCCCGCGGUGUCUGUACCAAGAAACGGUGCGAAAGACACAAACAGUGGGUCAAAGUACAUCAAGAAGAUAUCCUGUUCGAGCAGAACACAGCUCAAGAGGACAUUCGGAAAUGCGAAGAUGAGGCCCAGAUCGUGGUGGAAAGGGCUGUUUUGAGAAUGUGGGCGGAAAUAGAGAACGCUCAUGUUGGCGGGGCUUAG